CCAGCUUCCGAGCAUGUGACUGAAUCCACCCAGGCUUCCGUAGACAAUUUGCUGCGCCUGCGUCGCUAGAAUACAGUUGGAGGCGGUAAAGUGCUGCUGGUACAGUUCGUGCGUGGAAGAAGACUGUUGUGGUUCCCGGCGUCAUGUCCAGCGUAUGCUCCGCUGAGGACGAUCAUCCAGACAACUCUAUGGAUGAUCUUGAGGGAGACCGAGACGACGGUAGCCGCCGGCAGAUCCGGCAUCAGUACCGAGAGCUCAUGCAGAGCAUGCAACAAAACAGAGAAGACAUGCUGAGCUCCAGGAGUAACAAGCUUACGGAGACUCUUCAGGAGGCCAACAAGCUCUUUGCAGGAGUAUCCAAACCCAGAGAGGCUGCCCUCGAUGCCCAAUUACUGGUUCUGGCAUCAAAUCUUGGGAAGGAGAAAGCUAACCAGCUUCAUGCAGACAUGACCGUGUUUGACCCAACAUCAUUUACUGAAGACCUGCUUUCAUUCAUGGGCAUAAAUCGCCUGGAAAAUGCAGACAGUGACAGUGAAGGCGAGGGCGUCAGCACGGGGUAUCUUGUGCCAGACGCUUGGCACAAACUUGGAACAGAAGCAAGUAAAUACCUUAAGAGGACGCCCACCUUUCAUUUUAUGUUGGGUUCAUUUAAGACUGACCCUCCAGUGAUUCGGCAAAAAAUCGAACGUCAAAAGAGGAGUAAUAAAGUGGAAGAGAAAAGCGUGAUGCCAGCACAGUUGAAAAAAAUGGAAGAGUCUCACCAAGAAGCUACAGAGAAGGAAGUUGAACGGAUUCUUGGGUUCCUGCAGUCCUACUUCAGAGAUGACCCUGAUUCGCCUAUAUCCUUCUUUGAUUUCGUAAUUGAUCCAAAAUCUUUUGCUCGUACAGUUGAGAACAUCUUUCAUGUUUCGUUUAUAAUUCGGGAUGGAUUUGCUAGAAUAAAGCUGGAUCAUGACAAACUGCCAGUGAUAGAACCGAUCAUACAAGAAAGCGAGUCACAGAUUGAUAAGGAUAAUCAGCCCAGGUACCAGGGUGUCAUCUCUCUCAGCCACCAGGACUGGGAGGAAAUUGUAGAAACUUUUGAGAUUACAGAACCAAUGAUACCGCCACCCUGAGUAAUGUGAAAGUUAAGAAACUUGU